GUUGAAAUUAAAGAGAGCAUCACCGAAAAGGAACAGCGACCGACCUCCUGAAAUUGUCCUUUUUUUUUGUUUGAAAACAAAAACUGACCCUUCAGAAACCACGCGAUUCUGCCACCAUUUCCCCGUUCUCUCCUGCCGCCGAUCCCAGCACCAACGGACAGCCGGGGGUAGAGCAGCGAACGCCGGAGCGAGGAGCCGCAAAAAUAAACAAAGGAAGAGAUGGGGGUGCCUCAGAUGAUGCUGGCGCUGGCGUAUAGGGCGGAAUUCAUGAAGGAGGCGCUUGAGAAGAGCCAGACCAUCACCGAUAACAUGGUCUCCAUCCUUGGAUCCUUCGACCACCGCCUCUCCGCCCUCGAAACCGCCAUGCGUCCUACUCAGAUAAGGACGCAUUCGAUCAGGAGAGCACACGAAAACAUCGACAAGACUUUGAAGUCUGCGGAGGGUAUCUUGAGUCAAUUCGACCAAACGCGCAAGGCGGAGGCUAAAAUUCUGAGAGGGCCACAUGAGGAUUUAGAGACCUACCUGGAAGCAAUAGAGCAGCUGAAAGCCACUGUCAAGUUCUUCAGCAGCAACAAAAACUUCAAGAGUAGUGAUGGGGUGGUUCACCAUGCCAAUCAGCUGCUUGCCAAAGCUAUAUCGAAGCUCCAAGAAGAGUUCAACACCCUGCUAUCUAAUUACAGCAAACCUGUUGAACCCGAUCGUCUUUUUGAUUGCCUUCCGAACUCUCUACGGCCAUCAUCAGCAUCUGAUAAGCAUCAAGGGGAGGGUGGUAAUAAACAUUCUUCUGAACAGCAAAAGAGCUUGGAAACUGCCAUUUACACACUUCCCACUCUUAUCCCACCAAGGGUUGUGCCACUGCUGCAUGAUUUAGCACUACAAAUGGCUCAAGCUGGCCAUCAACAGCAACUGUUCCGAAUCUACAGAUACUACUCCAAGCACAGGUGGCAUUAUGCAUAUGUGCAUGCUUUAUUCAUUUCUUCAGAAUUUGGGACUUGUCAAUGUCAAUCUAUGCUGUCCAUAAAUGCUAGGGAUACUCGUGCUUCAGUUUUGGAACAGAGCCUCAAGAAAUUAGGCGUAGAGAGACUUACUAAAGAUGAUGUCCAGAGAAUGCAAUGGGAAGUUUUGGAAGCAAAGAUCGGAAACUGGAUACACUACAUGCGAAUUGCUGUGAAAUUGCUUUUUUCUGCAGAGAAGAAAAUAUGUGAUCAAAUACUUGAGGGGAUUGAAUCUCUAAGGGAUCCAUGUUUUGCUGACGUAACUGUAAACAGUGUCUCUGUGCUUCUUAGCUUUGGAGAUGCUAUAGCCAAAAGCAAGAGAUCCCCUGAAAAAUUAUUCGUUCUACUAGACAUGUACGAGAUCAUGAGAGAGCUGCGCUCUGAGUUUGAAUUGGUAUUUGGAAGCAAAGCUUGCAUGGAAAUGCGAGAGUCUGCAUUCAACUUGACGAUUCGGCUAGCUCAGACAGCACAAGAGACUUUCGUGGAUUUCGAAGAAGCAGUUGAAAGAGAUGCAACCAAAACCGCCGUUCUUGAUGGAACGGUCCAUCCUUUGACAAGCUAUGUCAUAAAUUACGUGAAGUUCCUAUUCGACUACCAAUCCACGGUGAAGCAACUAUUCCAAGAGCUGGAGUCAACCGACCCCGAAGGUCAACUAGCUGCAGUAACCACCAGAAUCAUGCAGGCUCUUCAGACCAAUCUAGACGGGAAAUCCAAGCAAUACAGGGAUCCUGCACUCACGCAGUUGUUUCUAAUGAACAAUAUUCACUACAUCGUGAGAUCCGUAAGAAGGUCCGAGGCAAAGGAUAUGUUGGGAGACGACUGGGUGCAGAUUCAUCGCCGUAUCGUCCAGCAACAUGCUAAUCAGUACAAAAGAAUAUCUUGGGCAAAGAUACUCCAGUGUUUGACGGUUCAAGGUGAAUCUAGUGGAUCUAGUGGGCUCUCGAGAGCAAUGGUAAAAGAUAGGUUCAAGACGUUCAACUCCCAGUUCGAGGAGCUCUACACGCGGCAAGCUCAAUGGACUGUUCCCGACAGCGAAUUGAGAGAGUCUCUCAGGCUGGCCGUUGCUGAAGUGCUCUUGCCAGCGUAUCGAUCCUUCAUCAAGCGCUGCGCGCCUAUGAUUGAUGGCGGGAAGACCCCGAAUAAGUACGUAAGAUACACACCAGAAGACCUGGAAAGAAUGCUGAACGAGUUCUUUGAUGGGAAGACUUACAAUGAACAGAAACGGAAUAGGAAGAGACGAGCCGCAUCACUAUUUGGGUGGAAAUGUAGGUGCCUGCUUCUUUCCAUCCCUAAAUAGUAAUUGUAAAUUCA